GGUGCUAAAGGCAUUAUAAGACCGGUUUGCCGUGUCAGGCUGAAGUAUCGCAGACGCAGCUUAUGAUUUAUCUUUGUCACUGUACCCUUCCUUUGUCCUUCUGUUAACGCCAUUUAUCAGACGCAACACAUUGACCCCGUCCACAAGCCUAUCUCUUUGUAGUCCACCUAUUUUCUGGGAUGGAUUCACGCGAACUUAUUGAUGCCCAAUUCGAUCGGGCAGUAGAGAUAGUACAGAGUCUCCCAAAGACCGGGCCUAUACAGACAGACUAUGAGGAGAAGUUGACAAUGUACAGCUUGUACAAGCAAGCGACUAUUGGACAUGUCCAAGGCGGUCGUCCGGGCAUGUGGGAUAUGCUAGGGCGGGCAAAGUGGGAUGCGUGGGCGAAGCAUAAGGAUCUCGAUCUAUAUGAGGCCAAAUGGCUCUACGUGGAUGCUUUACUGAAGGUUCUAAGUAAAUACUCGGACAAGACUGUUGCCCGUGACCUCAUGAACGAACUCCAAUCUUAUGGUGGUGACCCGUCAAAUCUGGUGAUGAGCCAUUCCCUUUCAAGGUCUCGGACCUCCCAGUCGUCAAGCUCCAGUGCUUCAGAGAACGACAUUCCUCGAAUUCCUGGUCAAUUAUUUUCCUCUAACCGACCAGAGGCUCAACAAGCUGCACAAUUAGCAGUUAUGGAGGAAGGCGGUUCGAGUUCUGAAGACGACGAGUCAGGCGAUGAAGCACACGAGCUCCCAUUAUUGCGUGAACCUGCCCAACAGCCAAGACCACUUUCUUCCAUGUCCCCGCGAUACCGUACUCCUGUGACCGGCUCACUUGCCCUGUCGCCGCCGCCGCCUGCUGGGCUCGCAAGCGUUCCACCGAUGCAACCGAUGCCCACAUACGAGACCCAAUCCGCCUUCGCUGACCAGUCAGCACCAAUAGCAUCCUCGUCUGCGUACCCUCCACCAAGGCGCUAUUCUGGAGCAUACCAGUCGCCUGAGUUUGUACCGCAAAUUCAGUAUACCCCCUCCUUCCGAGGGGGUAGGUCUCAUGGCACUGAAGCGCCUAUGCGACCACCCUCACGGUUGCCCCUGGAGCAAGCCGUUGAAAACGUCCAGACGCACCUCGCGGCACUAACAGAACGGCUCGAUAUGCUCGAGUCCCAGGUGGUGCACCCGCAACGGUCCAACCUUUCGCUUCCCUUAAGAGGCUCUUCUGGUAGAGGCAGUCCCACGGAUCACCGUCCUGAAGCACACCAAUGGGAUUUGGAUGAUAUGGGGAUGUGGUCGUUCGUUCUGAAGCCAUUGUCACGAGUGGCGGUAUCAUUGGAGCAGCUCCUUAUCUUCUUUGCUCGGGGCGAGAACCGGUCUCCCGUGCUCACCAUUGUGCGAAGACUGUUCCUCGACAUAUCAUUCUCAUUGGCAGUUCUCGGGUUACUGAGACUGACGUGGAAGCAGACAGCUACGAGACGGAAGGAGGUCAAUGCGGCCCUCAUAUUACUAUGGGCUGCUUUGUCCGGGAGAAACAGGGAAAGAGUUUUGUCUGUGACCAACAUGGGAAGACGGAGUUUACUUUUUUAACUCGUGGGUGGCUCAAGAGUAGUUGUUACUGCAUUUAUACCUCGAUGCCCAGGAUUAUUUACUUGAUUAUUUACUUCGUCCCGAAAAUUGACUGAGCCUCGCAAUCGCUAACAAUGCUUUCACUUGAUGUUACAGUUGUUCGAGGUUUCAAGACUACCAUUCGUGAAUACAACUGGUCCUAUCCUUUUACUCCGUCAUGUCGACAACACAGCGGAUACAGUCACCAGC